AUGCAGCAAUUUCAUAAACUACAGCAACAGGAACUUCAGCUUCAAAUUAAAAUUCUUGAACAGCAAGUCGUUAUCAAGACACAGGAAUUAUCGUUCAAGGAUUUACUCACCAACCACACUUUAUUAAAGAAUCAAUUUCAAGCCAAGUUUGAGCAACAGGAGCUCACUAUCAACAACUUGCAAAAGGAUCAAAGAGAAACAGUGAAGGAAACGAUUCGUGUACCGGGUAUUGAACCAUUCAUUGCGCCCUGUGAUUCAACGGAUACUGGCAACGGAUGGACCGUCAUACAGCGCCGAAUGGAUGGCUCUGUCAAUUUUAAUCAAAAAUGGGAGCAGUAUAAAUACGGCUUUGGUAAGCUAAGUACAGAAUUUUGGCUCGGAUUGGAGAAACUACAUAGAAUGACAGAGUUUCAGCCACACGAGCUCUACAUACAGCUGAAGGAUUUCCGGAACGAAACACGUUAUGCACGCUAUAGCAAAUUCUCAGUUGGGAAUGAGUCACAAUCUUAUGAAUUAUCUAUAGGUGGAUAUACGGGCAGUGCUGGAAAUGCAUUAGAGCUCCAUCAGAAUAAGAAAUUCUCAACCGAGGACCAGUUCAAUGACAAUAUAUGUGGUCAUACGCACCAGAGUGGUUGGUGGUUUACGGAUUGUUAUACUUGUAACCUUAAUGGAAUGUAUACAAAAACUGGUGACUAUAAUUGGCAGUCGCUGAAAUGGAAUACUUGGCAUGAGAAGCCCCUGAAAUUCGUGCAGAUGAUGAUAAGACCAAGCACCAAGUAA